AUGGGGCCAGAGGUGACCAGCCUAUUGUUGCUAGGGCUGGUACUUUGCUAUGCAAGUGAAAUUAAAACAGUAAGAAAAUCUAACCAUGGCCACUUUGUCUGCAGCACCUGGGGAAAUGACCAUUUCAAAACCUUUGAUGGAGAUUUUUACCAAUUUCCUGGGGUCUGUGAUUACAACUUUGCUUCAGACUGCCGAGAAAGUUAUAAAGAGUUCUCUGUUCAUAUCCAGCGUGAGCAGAAUGAUCAAGGUCACCCUAAUAUCAAAUAUGUUCUUGUUACAAUCAAAGAUGUUGCUAUUUACCUCACUCACAAGAUGGUUGCAGUAGAUGAACAAAUGGUAAAGACUCCUUAUUAUGGUUCUGGUGUCCUGAUUGAGAUGAACAAUAUAUAUACUAAAGUCUAUGCAAAAGUGGGCCUAAUUCUGAUAUGGAACAAAGCAGAUGCUUUGAUGAUUGAGCUUGACUCUAAAUUCAACAAUUAUACUUGUGGCCUUUGUGGAGAUUAUAAUGGACAAAAUAUCUACAAUGAAUUUAUUUCAGAUGGAUUAAUCUACAACCCAAUCAUAUUUGGAAACCUACAAAAAGUUAAUAACCCCACAACAACAUGUGAAGACCCUGAUGAGACAAAGCCUAUUGAACUGUGCAAGCAGCAUCGCGAAGAGUGUUUCGCACUCCUAACUUCACCGGCAUUUGCGGAUUGCCAGAAUCGCCUGAAUCUAGAAAAGUAUGUUCAAGCUUGUAUGCAGGACCGAUGUUCUUGUCAGCAUGGAAGUGACUCUUUCUGCCUCUGCAGUACCAUCUCUGAAUAUUCACGACAGUGUUCCCACGCUGGUGGCAGUCCUCAGAAUUGGAGGACCCCUCAGUUCUGCCCGAGGUCAUGUCCCAAAAAUAUGAUUUACCUGGAAAGUGGUUCCCCCUGUAUGGACUCCUGCUCGCACCCGGAGAUCAGCAGGCUAUGUGAAGAGCACUAUAUGGAUGGCUGUUUUUGCCCCGAAGGCACAAUAUAUGAUGAUAUCACAGGGAAUGGCUGUGUGUUGUUAAGCCAAUGCCACUGUAAACUUCAUGGAGAAAUAUUCGCCCCCGGUCAGAAAAUUUCCAAUGAGUGUGAAGAGUGCAUUUGUCAAUCAGGGAGAUGGCGAUGCGAGGAGUUACCAUGUCCAGGUACCUGUGCUUUGGAGGGUGGAUCCCACAUAACCACUUUUGAUGGGAAGAAAUAUACCUUCCAUGGAGACUGUUACUAUGUGUUGACCAAGACCACUAAAAAUGACACACAUGUCCUUUUGGGAGAACUGGCUCCAUGCACUUCUUCUUCAGACAAGCAGACAUGCCUAAAAACAGUAGUGCUACUAACAGAUGAAAGGAAGAAUGUUGUAGUUUUCAAAUCAGAUGGCACUAUAUUGCUGAAUGACAAUGAGAUUCAUUUGCCAUACAGAACAGGUAGUUUCUCAGUUUUCCAGCCAUCAUCAUUCUACAUUAUUGUGUACACAAAUCAUGGGCUAAAGAUGCAGAUCCAGCUGUCCCCAGUGAUGCAACUGUUUCUCAUUAUGGAGGAAUUUGCCAAGGGAACUCUCCAAGGACUUUGCGGAGAUUACAAUGGUAUAGAAUAUGAUGAUUUAAAAACAUCAGGUGGAAUGGUUGAAGCAACAGGAGCUUCCUUUGCCAACUCCUGGAAAGCACAAGCUAGCUGUAGUGAUAUGAAAGAUCAGUUGGAACACCCUUGCUCUGUGAGUCUUGAGAUUGAAAAAUAUGCUGAAUACUGGUGCUCUUUAUUGAAAAGUACAGAAAGUCCUUUUGCCAGAUGUCAUUCAGUGAUUGAGCCAACGGAUUAUUAUAAGCGCUGUAAAUACGAUACCUGCAAUUGUAACUCCAAUGAACAAUGUUUGUGUGCUGCCCUAUCAUCUUAUGCAAGAGCCUGUGCUUCCAAAGGAGUCAUGCUGUGGGGCUGGAGAAAUGUGGUCUGCAACAAAGAAGAAACUUCUUGCCCAGCCAACCAGGUUUUCCGCUACAAUCUAACCACAUGCCAACAGUCCUGCCGUUCUCUUUCUGAUGGAGAUAAGUACUGCUUGAAAGGUUUCACUCCGGUCGAUGGCUGUGGCUGUCCUGACAAUACCUAUGUGAAUGAGAAAGGCACCUGCGUGUCUAUGCCUUAUUGCUCCUGUCAUCAUCAAGGCUUAUAUGCACAACCUGGAGAAUCUAUCAUGAAGGAUGGCAAACGCUGUGUUUGCAGAAAUGGAAGAUUUCAGUGUGUAACAGUGGAUAUACACCCUCACGAAUGUUCAUCCAAUAAGACAUAUUUUGAUUGCAACAACUUUGACUCUUGGUCUUCCCAAACACCAAUACAACUUAGUUGUCAAACAUUGGGUACCGGUCAGUUCCAGACUGAAUGUAUGUCAGGAUGUGUUUGCCCUGAUGGCUUGAUUGAUGACGGCCGAGGGGGAUGUGUAAAAGAAGAUGACUGCCCAUGUAUUCAUAACCAGGCGUUUUAUCCCAAUGGAGAAACAAUAAGCGUUGGCUGCAACACAUGUACCUGCCAAAAAGGAAGCUGGAAAUGCACCAACAUAGUGUGUUACGGGACAUGUACCAUUUAUGGCAGUGGCCAUUUCAUGACCUAUGAUGGAAAAUUCUAUGACUUUGAUGGUCACUGUGAAUACGUGGCUUCUCAGGAUUACUGUGGCAACCAGCAAGGAACAUUUAGUGUGAUCACAGAGAAUGUUCCCUGUGGAACGACAGGAGUUACCUGCUCCAAGGCCAUUAAAUUGUUUCUAGGGACCACCGAACUGAAGCUGCAAGAAAAACACGUUGAAAAAUUUGAGCGGGGUAACUACAGCUCUAUAACUUACUGGAUUCGUGGAACAGUUGGGAUGUAUACAGUAAUUGAAGCCAGCAAUGGAGUGAUGCUCAUCUGGGAUAAGAAGACAACUGUUUUCAUCAAGCUGAUGCCAUUUCAUAAAGGAAAAGUCUGUGGUUUGUGUGGUAACUUUGAUGACAAAGCCAGCAAUGACUUUACAACAAGGAGUAUGGCUCAAGACACAGUCAGUGCCUUGGCAUUUGGAAAUUCAUGGAAAAAGGAUCCGGCUUGCCCUGAUGUAGAGGUAGUCAUUGAUCCCUGUGAGAUGAAGCCACAUCGGAAAUCUUGGGCAGAAAAAGAGUGCAGCAUUAUCAAAAAAGAUGUUUUUAAAGCUUGUCAUUCCAAGGUGGACCCAGAACCAUACUAUGAAGCUUGUGUACAUGAUUCCUGUGCCUGUGAUACUGGGGGGGACUGUGUAUGCUUCUGCACUGCAGUUGCUGCCUAUGCACAUGAGUGUGUCAAAGCUGAUGCGUGCAUCCACUGGAGAACUCCAGAUAUAUGCCCAAUCUUUUGUGAAUACUUCAAUCCUGAUGAAGAUAAAUGUCAGUGGCACUAUGAGCCUUGCGGACGUGAUAUUUUAACUUGCAAAAUCCUCAAUCAAGUCACCACCAACUUUUCAGUGUCAUUCUUAGAAGGUUGCUACCCACGAUGUGAUCCAGAAACUCCAAUCUACAAUGAAGAAACCAAUUCAUGUGGAACAAAGGAUACAUGUGGUUGCUACCAUAAUGAUACUUACUACCCACCUGGAAGUCUCAUCCCCAGUUAUGAACUGUGCCACACUUGUUACUGCAACUCAGCAGGAAAUGUGACAUGUAAACCUAAAAAAGAGUGUUGUGUUUAUGAUGGCGAAGAGUAUGGAGUGGGACAAAAUGUCACUUCCCCCACUAAUCCAUGUGUGUACCUAAUAUGCACAUUAAAUGGCACCAUGGAAAUUAGAUAUGAUGGAUGCAUUUCAACUUCUCCACCUACAACCUCUCCCAGCACUACUACUCCUACCACCACCGCUACUACCACACCAAUGACUUCUACAACAGUUUCAACUACCAGCACUUCUACAAUAAGUUCAACACCUUGUGUAAGCCAAGAUUGUAAGUGGAUGGAUAAAUGGAUUUCUGUGAGUGUCCCAGGUAGGGGUCCUGAUAAAGGAGACAAUGAAACUUACGAAAACAUCAAACUGCACCACGUAGAGAUCUGUGACAACCCAGUAAACAUAUCAUGCCGAGCAAAGAAGUUUCCGGGCGCGUCUUUCGAGGACUUGCAGCAGAAAGUGACGUGUGAUGUUUCCAUUGGGCUGAUUUGCAAAAACAAAGACCAGGUUCCGGGACCUAUAAUUCCUGAAGCAGCCUGUCUCGAUUACGAAAUCAACGUCUGCUGUCCGGUCUGCUUUCCCACUACUCCCACAAGCUCUACUACUACAAUUACCACCACUCCAUCUACGACCACUCCAACGCCUACACCCACUCCAACACCUACUCCCACCUCCACAUCUACUACGGAAAGCACUACUACCACAAUUACCACCACUCCUACACCCACUCCCACUCCUACCAUCACCUCCACAACUGAAAGCACUACUACCACAAUUACUACCACUCCCACUCCCACUCCAACACCUACUCCUACCACCACAACUGAAAGCACUACUACCACAAUUACCACCACUCCAACGCCUACUCCUACCACCACUAUGGAAAGCACUACUACCACAAUUACCACCACUCCUACUCCCACUCCAACGCCUACUCCUACCACCACAACUGAAAGCACUACUACCACAAUUACCACCACUCCAACGCCUACUCCUACCACCACUAUUGAAAGCACUACUACUACAAUUACCACUACUCCUACUCCCACUCCAACACCUACUCCUACCACCACUAUUGAAAGCACUACUACAACAAUUACCACUACUCCUACUCCCACUCCAACACCUACUACCACCACUCCUGAAAGCACUACUACCACAAUUACCACCACUCCUACCCCCACUCCCACUCCUACCAUCACCUCCACAACUGAAAGCACUACUACCACAAUUACCACCACUCCAACGCCUACUCCUACCACCACUAUGGAAAGCACUACUACAACAAUUACCACUACUCCUACUCCCACUCCAACACCUACUCCUACCACCACUCCUGAAAGCACUACUACCACAAUUACCACCACUCCUACUCCCACUCCGCCUACUCCUACCACCACAACUGAAAGCACUACUACCACAAUUACCACCACUCCAACACCUACUCCUACCACCACUAUUGAAAGCACUACUACAACAAUUACCACUACUCCUACUCCCACUCCAACACCUACUCCUACCACCACUCCUGAAAGCACUACUACCACAAUUACCACCACUCCUACUCCCACUCCAACACCUACUCCUACCACCACAACUGAAAGCACUACUACCACAAUUACCACCACUCCUACUCCCACUCCAACGCCUACUCCUACCACCACAACUGAAAGCACUACUACCACAAUUACCACCACUCCAACACCUACUCCUACCACCACUAUUGAAAGCACUACUACAACAAUUACCACUACUCCUACUCCCACUCCAACACCUACUCCUACCACCACUCCUGAAAGCACUACUACCACAAUUACCACCACUCCUACUCCCACUCCAACGCCUACUCCUACCACCACAACUGAAAGCACUACUACUACAAUUACCACCACUCCUACUCCCACUCCAACGCCUACUCCUACCACCACAACUGAAAGCACUACUACCACAAUUACCACCACUCCAACACCUACUCCUACCACGACUAUUGAAAGCACUACUACCACAAUAACCCCCACCCCAACUCCCACUCCAACACCUACUCCUACCACCACUAUUGAAAGCACUACUACAACAAUUACCACUACUCCUACUCCCACUCCAACACCUACUCCUACCACCACUACUGAAAGCACUACUACCACAAUUACCACCACUCCAACGCCUACUCCUACCACCACAACUGAAAGCACUACUACCACAAUUACCACCACUCCAACUCCUACUCCUACCACCACUAUUGAAAGCACUACUACUACAAUUACCACUACUCCUACUCCCACUCCAACACCUACUCCUACCACCACUAUUGAAAGCACUACUACCACAAUUACCACUACUCCUACUCCCACUCCAACUCCUACUCCUACCACCACUAUUGAAAGCACUACUACCACAAUUACCACCACUCCAACUCCUACUCCUACCACCACUAUUGAAAGCACUACUACCACAAUUACCACCACUCCUACUCCCACUCCAACACCUACUCCUACCACCACAACUGAAAGCACUACUACCACAAUUACCACCACUCCAACUCCUACUCCAACACCUACUCCUACCACCACUAUUGAAAGCACUACUACCACAAUUACCACCACUCCAUUUACUCCCACUGCAACGCCUACUCCCACCAGCGUCUCAACUACGCCAUUCAUAGAAACACCUACAAGUACAACGCCGGGAUCGAGUACACUAAAAUCCUGUAUAGUCGGAGAUAAGCAUGUUCCGCCAGGAGAAAGUGGGGGGAUAUGUAAUUGCACCGAGUUAGUGUGUGUUACGGAUAACAUAUGGGAGAGGCGCCCUAUUAAGUGCAAAAAUCAUACUAAGCCCACGUGUGCCAAUAACCUUGCUCCUAUAGAAGUAUUGGAUAAAGAUGGAUGUUGCUCGCACUGGGAAUGUGACUGCUAUUGCACUGGCUGGGGAGACCCACAUUAUAAGACAUUUGAUGGCCUCGCCUACAGUUACCAAGGUAAUUGUACCUAUGUCCUAGUGGAAGAGAUUGUUCAAACCAUCCACAACUUUGGAAUGUACAUCGAUAACUACCAUUGUGAUCCAGCGGAAUCUGUCUCUUGUACCCGUACUCUCACCAUAAAGCACGAGUCCCAGGAAGUGCAACUCAAAACGGUCAAACUGAUUCCUAUGAAAGUAGAGGUGACUGUGAAUAAUGUGGCAGUGGGUUUACCUUAUGAAAAAUAUAGCCUGAAUAUUCACAAGGCUGGUCUAAACUAUGUGGUACAACUAACUAGAUUGAAGAUUAAUGUAACAUACAGUGGCAUGGCUUUCACAAUCCGGAUGCCCUUUCAGAUUUUUGCCAACAAUACCCAGGGACAAUGUGGAAAAUGCAACAACGUUAUCGAAGAUGACUGUAUGUUAAGGAAUGGGACUGUUAUACCUUCUUGUGAAAUAAUGGCAGAUGAUUGGAUUAUUUCUGAUCCAGAAAAGCCACAUUGUCAACAUAUGCCCCCAUCCCCACCUAUAAUUAAUCCUGACUGCAAACCAUCUGAGUUAUGUGAGCUUCUAAAAGGAAGUUUAUUUGAGAAAUGCCAUCCCAUUGUUGAUGUUAAAAGCUACUACGAUGCCUGCGUAUUUGAUAGCUGCAGAGCGCCCAACCAAUUCAUAGAAUGUGCAAGUCUUCAAAUUUAUGCAGCAACCUGCACAGAUCAGGGGGUUUGCAUUGACUGGAGAGGACAUACCAACAACGCAUGUCCCAUUAACUGUCCAUCCCAUAAAGUGUACGAAGCAUGUGGUCCUGCUGUAGAAGAAACUUGCAAAUCAAGCUUAACAGGACAAAGCCAGACACAACAAAUGGAAGGGUGCUUCUGUCCUAAUGGGACAAAACUUUAUGACAGUGCUAUGGAUGUAUGUGUGCAAACGUGUGGAUGUGUUGGACCAGACAAUAUUCCCAGAGAGUAUGGGGAGACCUUUCAGUUUGACUGCAAAGACUGUAUUUGCCUGGAAGGUGGAAGUGGCAUUAUCUGUGAACCCCUCAAGUGUCCAGUACCAGAUCGUGAACUACAGUGUGAAGGAGAAGGAUAUCAUAAGAUCACCCAAAUUAAUCCUGAUGACAAAUGCUGUUCAGACAUCGUGUGUGUGUGCAACACCACUCAAUGUACAACCAAACCUCCUCAGUGUGAUCCAGGAUUCAUAGCUGUUGCUAACACCACUGAAGAACAAUGUUGUCCUUCUUAUCAAUGCAAUCCUAAAGAAGUGUGUGUGAAGGAUGGUAACGAAUACAAGCCUGGUUCAGAAGUCUUAGGAAGCAAGUGCGAAAAGUGUAAAUGCACAAAUAAACAGAACAGCACCACUCUUCUGAAUAUCAUAGAGUGUAAUGUUAUCCCAUGCAACGUGAAGUGCCAGGAGGGCUAUACUCCUAUUCCACACCCUGGUGAAUGCUGUCCAACAUGCGUGCAGACAAGUUGUGUUAUAAGAACAAUAGAAAAUGACAUUGUCAUCUUAAGACCUGGUGAAAGUCAGAAUGAUCCAAAAGACAACUGUACUAUUUACAGCUGUACGAGGAUUCACAGGCAGCUGAUUUCCUCUACCUCUAUGAUUCAGUGCCCAACAUUUGAUGAGAAUAAAUGCCAACCGGGCACCAUUGUACCCUUGCCUAAUGGAUGUUGUAAGACAUGUAUAUUGAUGCCAGAUACCCCAUUGUGCAGUCCCAUUCAAACAAUGGACCAGAUCAACUACAAUGGCUGCCAUUCAGAGGAACUAGUCCCUGUGACUCGGUGUGAAGGAACAUGUGGAACUUUUUCACUAUACUCUCCUGAAGCUAAUUCCAUGACGCAUACGUGUGGCUGCUGCAGAGAGUCAAAAACAACCAAGAAAGAAAUCAUGCUGUUGUGUCCUGGUGGCAUCAGAAAGAAAUACAGGUACAUCCAUGUAGAACGCUGCGAGUGCAUGAAGUCUGGAUGUGGCAUCGACCAAAGCUCCUCAGAAGAAUACAUGGAGAACAAAGGAAACACCACGCAAGUGCCCCAGGAAGAGAAAGCAUUAGAACGGGUCAGGAAAGCUCUGAGGGCCAUCGGGAAGAGAACUUAA